AUGAAUUUGUUAUUGAUUGGAUAUGUAGUCGGGAAAAUGAUUGCAUAUGAGUCUGAAAGGGUCUUAGAAAAGCCCAGCGGCUUGGACGUAGCGAGGACGGUUUCCGAUGGAAGGCUAGAUCUUCACCUUUACUUUAGGGAAGUUGAGGAUGCCAUGGAAGACCCGCCGUUUUCACUGCUUAUACAGAAACUCAAGAGAAUCUCUGCUUUUGUUAUGGAAAAGGGAGACAAGGUCUAUCGGAUUGUUCCUUUUGAAUCGAUUGAGAUAAGUUUCGAAAACGGAAAGAAGAGUUAUGGAAAGUUCAAUGAUAUGGUGAAUAUGGGGAAUGAGGUGGUUGUGACAUAUGCUUGCAGUGGACACGAUACGGAAGAAGGAAUAUACACGACAAUAACAAUUAUUUUCACGCCUUCUGAUGAGGAAGAAAGAAUAGAAAAGAUUUAUAGUGGAUGGUCUGAUUCUUGUCUUUUAAAGGUCUCGACUCCAAAGCUGAAGGUCAAGCACAAGAAAAAGAUUUUGUCCAUGUAUCUUGAAGACCUUGGAAACAAGGAGCUAGAUGAUAAGGACAUGGGGCAUUGGGUGGAUGGAGCUAGUUCCAGUGGAGAGAGGGUUGAUGGAGACAGGAUUCUCAAAGAAGAGAUGGGCAUAUUUGAGGAGGUUGAAGACAAAGAUGAGGGAGACUUGAAAGAAAACCUAGUCAAAAGCAGGUCGCCCUAA